AUGGAGACCCCAUACCAAAAUCAUAUAAACAAGGAUGACUUCGAACAUGUUUAUGAACCAGCCGAAGACAGCUUCUUACUAAUUGACGCAUUGGAAAAAGAGCUCACAUUCUUGAAGCAAAUGAAACCUUUGUAUUGUCUCGAAAUUGGUUCGGGAAGCGGUGUAGUUAUAACAGCUUUGGGCAUGGCAUUACACAAUUCUAUAUAUUUUAGUACAGAUAUAAAUUUCAAAGCUUGUCUCAUGUCAAAGAACACAGCAUUAUAUAAUAAAGUAUUGCUAGAAUGUGUGAAUAUGAGUUUUGCGACAUGUUUUCAGGAUAAAAAGUUUGAUGUGGUUAUUUUUAAUCCUCCAUAUGUAGUAACGGAAACCGAGGAAUGCAAAAGUAAUGGUAUUGAAGCCAGCUGGGCUGGUGGCCUCAAGGGUAGAGAAGUCACCGAUAAAUUGCUGGAUAUGAUACCAAAGAUAUUGAGCGACAAUGGUGUAUUUUAUCUCCUACUGAUUGAAGAAAACAUUCCAGAAGAAGUUAUACAAAUUAUGUCUUAUAAAGGUUAUAAAUCAGAAUUUGUUAUCAAGAGGCGGGUAAAAAAUGAGAACCAAUUAGUGUUAAAAUUUAAUAGAUAAGAUUGAUUGUAGAAAUAUAAGUUUUUAUUUAUAAAAAUGUAAAAUAAAAUAUAUGUAUAUGAAUAAGCAAAUAAUAAAUAUUGAUUAUUGA